GGAUAUUGGAUAUUGGAAACAGGACUAGCUGCAAAGUUGCGCUCAAUUUGAUUGUGCUGUCAAUUUCUGUGCAAUGACUCCUAUCGUUUUAGCGUGCCUUCUUACCUUCAGUAGUUGUUGGAUAUCUGUUGUCAAAGGAGGAAAACCAGGAGAUGCGGACAAGAUCUUAUAUUUGCCAGGACUUGAUCUACCACAAAAUUUCACACAAUAUUCAGGAUACCUUAAUGGUGUUACUGACAAAAUCCAAAUUCACUAUUGGCUUGUUGAAGCUGAGACGAAACCAGAGUCUGCACCUUUGAUAUUAUGGUUGAACGGUGGCCCUGGGUGUUCAUCAUUGGAAGGCCUACUUUCUGAAAACGGUCCAUAUCUACUUACAAACGAACCUAAUUUUCUAAAUAAUAAUCCAUAUUCUUGGAAUAAACUCGGUAAUGUGCUUUACUUGGAGUCUCCAGCCGGUGUAGGAUUCUCUUAUUCUCUUGAUGGGAAUGUUACCACCGAUGAUGAUCAGACGGCGUUAAAUAAUCAUCAUGCCCUACUUCAUUUCUUAGACAAGUUUCCAGAAUAUGAAGGUCGUAAACUGUAUGUCACUGGUGAGAGUUAUGGUGGUGUUUAUGUGCCUACAUUGGCAUUACUACUUAAAGAUUCACCGAGAUUUAAACUUGCGGGAAUUGCAGUCGGUAAUGGAUUGACAAGUUACAAAUUGAAUGAUAACUCCCUUUUGUACUUUAUCAAAUAUCAUGGUCUUAUCGGUGAAAGUUCAUGGAAAGAUCUACUUGCUAAAUGUUGUGCUGAUCAAUGCUCAACUUCGUGUUCAUUCACGGAUAACAAAUCUGAAGAAUGUCAACUUCUUAUCAGUAUAUUGACCGAUGAGCCCUUAAGGGGUAUAAAUCGAUAUAAUUUAUACUCUGAAUGUGCCGGUGGUGUGAAUACUCUCUUGCACCAACGUACGCCAAUGUCGAUUGCUGCAAUAGCCUCAACUCUACAAUCUUCAAAAGCGUAUAUUCAUCAUGAUUUUGGUAAUAUGUUCCGUGAUAAUAUCUAUGUGAAAUAUCGUCGUUAUGUAAAUUCUGUACUACGGCAUAAUCUAACUACACGUUUAACAAUACCGUGUGUUGAUGAUACACUGAUACGUAAUUAUUUAAAUUCACCUGUUGUUCGUCGACUUAUCAAUGUAAAACCAGAUGUACCAAAGGAAUGGGAUAUAUGCAGUGACGAAGUCAAUGUUAAGUACAUUCGUACUUAUGAAGAUUUAUCUAAACAGUAUAUGAAACUACUUCAAUCCAAUAUCUCCACACUGAUAUACAAUGGGGAUAUUGAUAUGGCUUGUAAUUAUUUCGGGGAUGAAAUGUUUGUGGAUAAUUUGAAAUUAAAGCCGACUUUAUCACGUCGAUUUUGGUUAUACACGGAGAGUGAUGGUACGAAACAGGUUGGUGGAUUUUGGAAAAUGUUUGAAGGUCAUGGCUCAGUUCUAGUGUAUGCAACAGUUCGUGGAGCAGGACAUAUGGUGCCUGGAGAUAAACCUGCUGCUGCUUUUCAUCUGAUCAAUAAAUUUAUUCAUGGUGAAAAUCUGUGACACUGGGGAUGUUGAUCAAUAAAAGAACGAAUACUGAAAACCAGAACUUGAUUUCAUUAUUAUUACCCGUACUUUCUUUCUUUUUUUAUAUUUGAUCUCUGUGUUUUCUGUAAUCAAUGUUGCAUGAUGCAUUUCACAUUAUGAAAAGAAAUUAGUAGUCUGUUAGUGAACUUUUUGAAAAUAUACAUAUAUAGAUACCUAUG